UCUUUUCUCAAACAUCCACCACCUUUCUCUCUCCACUUCUCUCACCCUGUUCACCAUCAUCCCCAUCAUUGAACUACACAGUAAAAAAAAAUCUGCAGAUUUCAAAAUCAACAAACAAUGGGGGAUGAUGCAACACCGAGAGAUAGCUUAUUACCCAACACCCAAAACCCCAAAAGAUCAUUCAAUCGAUUACUCUCGCACGCCCAUGAUGAACUUCACGGGUUCAGGUCUUACCUCCGUUGGAUGUGCGUCGAUCAAUCAAACAUCUACACAGCUUUUCUAUCAUGGUUUGUAUUUCUAAUAUUUGCAAUUGCAAUCCCUGCAUUCUCCCAUUUCUACCUCGCUUGUCCUUCUUGCGACGCCACCCACGACCGCCCUUACGACACGGUCGUCCAGCUCUCCCUCUCCAGCAUCGCAACGCUGUCGUUUUUAUGCUUGUCUAAGUUUGUGAGGAAAUAUGGUCUGCGGAGGUUCUUGUUCUUUGAUAAGCUUGUGGAUGAGAGUGAUUCUGUUAGACAUCAUUAUACUACACAACUCUAUGGAUCAUUGAAGAUAUUGUCUGUGUUUGUUCUCCCAUGCUUUUUAGCUGAAUGUGCUUACAAAAUCUGGUGGUACUCUUCUGGGGCCUCCCAAAUUCCCUUCUUGGGUAACAUCAUAUUGAGUGACAUUGUAGCAUGCUCAUUGGAGCUGUUAUCAUGGCUUUAUCGGACAUUAGUCUUCUUCUUGGUGUGUGUUCUCUUCCGUCUGAUCUGCUACCUCCAGAUCUUACGGUUGAAGGACUUUGCCACAGUAUUCCAGGUAGAUUCAGAUGUGGGUUCUGUUUUGGUGGAGCACCUUCGGAUUAGGAGGCAUUUAAGGAUCAUAAGCCAUCGUUAUCGUGCAUUCAUCUUAAUGGCCUUGAUAUUAAUCACUACAAGCCAAUUUGCUGCCCUUCUGUACACGACUAAAAACCAUGCAAAUAUGAGCAUUUUCAGAGCUGGAGAACUUGCACUAUGCUCCUUGACUCUACUGACUGGGAUUAUAAUAAUACUGCAAAGCGCUACAAAGAUAACGCACAAAGCUCAGGCAGUGACCUCUCUUUCUGCCAAGUGGCACGUGUGUGCGACAAUUGACUCCUUCGGUACCACCUCUGAGACUGAAACACCCGUACUCCAGAAUGGUAGUGGAGGAAGCCAAGGUUUCUUUGAUGCUAGAAGUGGACAUUCAGAUGAAGAUGAGGCUGGAGAUGAGGAGGAUGAUGUUGACAACACAAGGUUUCUCCCUGCUUAUGCCUAUAGCUCAAUCGGUUUCCAGAAACGACAAGCUCUAGUGACAUACUUUGAGAACAACAAAGCUGGGAUUACAGUUUACGGAUUCAUGUUAGACAGGACUUGGCUCCAACUCAUUUUUGGUAUUGAGUUAUCCUUAGUACUCUGGCUGCUCGGAAAAACCAUUGGUAUUUAAUUUAAUAGACGGGAACCAUCAUCAUUGGUGCGUAGCUACAUUACAUACAACCUUUGCUUCUUUGACCUUAUGGUCGUUGAUUUGUUUAGAAACUCUCUCACUCAGUCACCUCACCUGCAUCUGGAAAAAUUAAACAAACUGAGGGAGUGAAGAGAAGACAGGUUUCAGUCUCGGUUUGAUCCUGCUGCAUAAAGACACCAUUCAAGUACAGUGAGUUUCACCAUUUUGUGCACGUAAUGCGAUUCUUUUAGACCACCCAUAUGUAGAUUCUAUAACCAUGUAUGGUCUUUCUUGUACUUAGCUUCUUCACAUCAUCGAUCUAUGACCUAUACUUUCGUUUGGGGGGUAUAUUGGCUUGUCUUCCUGGCCCUUAUUAUUUUAUUUUUUGGUGUAAUAUUGUUUUUGGGAUGAGUGGUUAUUUGUUUGAAUCUUACAUCAAGUAUCAGUAAUAUAAUACUCAGUAUAAUAUAAUGAUCAUUUGUUCUUCUA